AGCGGUAGAAAAUGAAUGAAUGCAGAAAACAAUGUCAAAUAAUUAUAAUGUUCUUAAGCCCCCCUAAAUAAUUUGAUAUUUUUAUUGAUUUUUUUACCAAAAAACCUGACAAAUUUCAUAUAAUAGGGCCCCCCUAAAAUGUUCUUAAUCCCCCCUAAAUAAUUUGAUAUUUUUAUUGAUUUUUUUACCAAAAAACCUGACAAAUUUCAUAUAAUAGGGCCCCCCUAAAAUGUUCUUAAGCCCCCCUAAAUAAUUUGAUAUUUUUUAUUUGUUUUUUUAACCAAAAAAAUCUGACAAAUUUCAUAUAAUAGGACCCCCCUAAAAUGUUCUUAAGACCCCCUAAAUAAUUUGAUAUUUUUUAUUGAUUUUUUUACCCAAAAAAUCUGACAAAUUUUAUAUAAUAGGACCCCCCUAAAAUGUUCUUAAGCCCCCCUAAAUAAUUUGAUAUUUUUUAUUGAUUUUUUUUUUUACAAAAAACAUCUCUGACAAAUUUCAUAUAAUAGUGCCCCCUAAAUAAUUAGAUAUUUUUAUUGAUUUUUUACCAAAAAAUCUCUGACAAAUUUCAUAUAAUAGGGCCCCCCUAAAAUGUUCUUAAGACCCCCUAAAUAAUUUGAUAUCUUUUAUUGAUGUUUUUUUUAGAAAAUCAAUGAAUAAAUGCAGAAAACAAUGUCUAAUAAUAAUAAUAAUAAAGGAAAAAUGGAAUAUAAAUAGUCAAAUGACUCGUCAACUAAAAAUAAUUUAGGGGUGUCCCAACUUUUUCACUUCCAAUAAGAUACCGAUAUUUCAGACUUGAAAAUCAUCCGAUAUCGAUAUCAAUCAAUGAGCACGGUAUCCAUACAUACCCUACCUACCACAUGAUGACUUGUGUGAUAAAUAUACAUGUAGUACCUGGAUUGUCAGAUUUGUGGCUACGCUAUAAUACAUGCUGUCUACCAGGGUUACCCAAACAACGUAAUGGUCUUCAAACUGUCCUUCUAUUCCCCGUAAAUUGCACACAUACUUUGUGUCAUUUUCCCGCUCUGACUAACUUCGCUUUGCCCUUGUCUAAAAUGUCCUCCUCAGUCAGCGACAGUUGUUACAAGAACUUGGCCGAGGACAGAAGCGGCGUCAAUUUGAAGGACCUGGUCCACGAUCCAUCACUGUUAGGCGGAGUCAUCACAGCCUAUAAAAUAGUUCCGGAUGAGAUCGAUGAAAUCAAGGACACUCUUUUGGAGUGGUGCGAUGAACAGGAGCUUAAUCUCAUUCUCACAACUGGAGGAACUGGAUUCGCACCCAGAGAUGUUACACCAGAGGCGACCAGAGAGGUGAUCGAGAGAGAGGCUCCAGGCAUGGCUCUGGCCAUGCUGAUGGGAUCCCUUAACGUCACACCACUUGGCAUGCUCUCCAGGCCCGUGUGCGGUAUCCGUGGUAAAACUCUCAUCAUCAACCUGCCAGGAAGCAAGAAAGGAUCUCAGGAGUGUUUUCAGUUCAUCCUUCCGGCGCUGCCCCACGCCAUCGAUCUGCUCCGCGAGGCCACGGUCAGGGUCAAAUCCGUGCACGCCGCACUCGAGCAGCUACCCUCUCCGUCCUCCCUGCUGGCCAACGCGCACACCAACACGCACGCCCACUCGCACACCAUGGAGCGUGGCACCCAGUGUGAAGAGGAGGACAACGACGAGGAAGAGCGGCGGAGAGGUCGACAUGCGCACCAUCACCAUCAUCACCAUCACCAGCAUGGUUCUUCCCACAUCACCGCGGCUGCUAUUGCCGCAAAGACAAGCCAUGCUGUGGUCAUGGCUAAAGGGGGUCCCCAUCUGCCCGGCAACACACCUGCCCCUCCCACUCAUUUCACCUGCUCCUGUAGCCAUGAACAACAGAUUCCGGACUCGAUCAUUUCUCGAGGUGUUCAGGUGCUUCCUCGAGAUUCUGCCUCUUUGAGCUCCACCCCUUCUGAGUCACCACGGGCCACACAGGCGACCUCCCGCCUUUCCACUGCAUCGUGCCCGACACCCAAGGUCCAGUCCCGAUGUGGCAGCAAUGAGAACAUUCUCCGAGCCAGCCACAGUGCGGUGGACAUCAGCAAAGUGGCGCGCCGCCAUCGCAUGUCCCCGUUUCCAUUGACAUCAAUGGACAAAGCCUUCAUCACUGUUCUGGAGAUGACUCCCAUUCUAGGAAUCGAGGUCAUUAACUACAGAGAUGGUUUGGGUCGAGUGCUCGCUCAGGACAUCUAUGCCAAAGACAACCUUCCUCCAUUUCCAGCCUCUGUUAAAGAUGGCUAUGCUGUACGAGCUGCUGAUGGCCCCGGAGAUCGCUUCAUCAUGGGAGAAUCACAGGCUGGACAGCAGCCCACCCACACAGUGAUGCCAGGCCAAGUGAUGCGAGUGACCACCGGCGCUCCCAUCCCUUGUGGUGCUGAUGCUGUCGUCCAAGUGGAAGAUACAGAACUACUGAGGGAGUCUGAAGAUGGCACAGAAGAGUUAGAAGUGAGGAUUAUGGUUCAGGCUCGACCUGGGCAGGACAUCAGGCCAAUAGGUCACGACAUCAGACGGGGGGAGUGCGUGUUAGCCAAAGGAACACACAUGGGCCCAUCAGAGAUUGGUCUGCUGGCCACGGUGGGAGUGACUGACGUCAGCGUGCACAAGUUCCCAGUGGUGGCUGUGAUGUCCACUGGUAAUGAGCUGCUGAAUCCAGAGGAUGACCUCCACCCUGGCAAGAUCAGAGACUCCAACCGCUCCACUCUGCUGGCCACCAUCCAGGAACAUGGAUACCCAACUAUCAACCUGGGCAUUGUUGGAGACAACCCCGAUGACCUGCUCUCGGCUCUCCAUGAGGGGAUCAGUCGGGCUGAUGUCAUCAUCACCUCGGGGGGCGUGUCCAUGGGAGAGAAGGACUACCUGAAGCAGGUUCUGGACAUCGAUCUUCAUGCUCAGAUCCACUUUGGGCGCGUCUUCAUGAAGCCGGGUCUUCCUACUACCUUUGCCACUGUUGACAUUGAUGGAGCACGGAAACUCAUCUUUGCUCUGCCAGGUAACCCAGUGUCUGCAGUGGUGACAUGCAAUCUAUUUGUGAUUCCUGCACUGAGGAAGAUGCAAGGCAUUCUAGACCCCAGACCUACGAUUAUUAAAGCCAGGCUUUCAUGUGAUGUGAAGCUGGAUCCGAGACCGGAGUACCAUCGCUGUAUUCUCACCUGGCAUCACCAAGAACCACUGCCUUGGGCCCAAAGCACAGGUAACCAGGUGUCCAGCAGGCUAAUGUCGAUGCGCAGCGCCAACGGCCUCCUGAUGUUGCCUCCUAAAACAGAGCAGUAUGUGGAACUGCACAAGGGGGAAGUCGUGGACGUCAUGGUCAUCGGACGACUAUGAUGCAGGUACUUUUUACUACAGAUUUUCACUUGUGACGGUGGUGCUCGGACCUCCUCGGGGGCAAGAAUUAAAGCAUGUCUACCUGGCCGCUAUUAGCUGUGAUGUCAUAUGCAACAGCCAAUUGGAGCCAGCAGAGGCUGAAUUCUCAUAUGUCUGCAUUGAGAAACAACAAAAAAAAACAAAAAAAAAAUCAUUGUAUUUCAAUGAAAAAAAUAUAAAUAUGAAAUUUAUUCUGUAAUAUGAUAUAAUUCUCCUGAUUAGAAUGAUUAUUAAUAUUCUUACUUCAUAUUCUAUUAUUAUUAUUAUCAUUAUUUUGGUAUUGAUCAUGUUGGUAGUACUCACGUUCUCAUAUUUCCCGUUCAUUUACAUUGUGCAUUUUUCCUUAAUAGAUAUAUAUAGAUAUAGAAUUAUUUUUUUGUCAUAAUCCAUAUAUGUAGAUACCCCCCCCUCUCGCUUAAUCCAACGACCCUUGCGAUUUUUUUUUUUUUUUUUUUUUUUUUUUUUUACCCCCUUCCAAGCAAGAACUGCUUUUUAUUACACGCUACAAGUCAUGCCGACUAUCCUCAAUGAAAGCCAUGCAAAUACUGUUUUUAAGGAAGUCCAUUUUAUUUAUAUAUAUAUAAAUAUAUAUAUAGCGGCAAAUUUACAGCAUCGAUUUAUGUCCAGGCACUUUACACCUGAAGAAGGUGGAGAAACGCAAAUGGAUGUCCAAAGAUUUAAGGUCAAUCUAAUAUUAGCAAAGCCUUACCGGAAUGACAUUAAACAUUAAAAUAGAUACUUUUCCAAGUUUAAAAAAAAAAAAAAAAAUUGGACAGAUGUUAUAUUUCCUGUUCCGGGGUCACCUGCUUGUAGCAUGUGGAAUAUUUUUGAUAAAUUCCACUUUUAUUAUUGAAUAAUUAAGAUUAUUUAUAUUACUAGGGGUGUAACGGUACAUUUGUCAACAGGUCUUUCCGUACAGAUGUUUUGCUAUAUCCCGAUUCCAUGAACUAGUCUUGUGGAGUUCCUUAAAUACCGUGCAACCCGGGAUUUGGUUUAGCGAUAGUGCCAAGGACAAUCCCGAGCCUGGAAGCCAUCUUGUUCUGUUCGGGAACACUUUUCCGUGAAAAAGGUGCCGGUGUUGUUCGAUAAAGAUAAGGAACCCAAUGAUUGCAAAUUUAGACAAUAAUUGUUUAAAUUCUUACAAAUGCAUCUUUGCACUUUCCUCGCACUUUUGUAGCUUUUUAUUGUGCCCUAGCAUAUUCUAGAAUAACCUAUACAUUCGUAUUCUAUGUCGCUUAUACUCACUAGGGUCGCAUAUAUGGUGGCCAGCCAAUCACAGGGCACAUAUAGACAAACAACCAUUCACACUCACAUUCAUACCUAUGGACAAUUUGGAGUGGCUAAUUAACCUAGCAUGUUUUUGGAAUUGUGGGAGGAAACCGGAGUACCCGGAGAAAACCCACGCAUGCACGGGGAGAACAUGAGCCGAGAAUCGAACCCAGGUUUUCCUGACUGCGUGGCUUACAUGCUAACCACUCGGCACCGUGCCAUGCUAACCAUUCGGCCAUUCUAAAACAAAAAGCUAAGAUGUGACAUUUUGACCUUCAUUGGAUUAGUUAGAAUAUCUUUUAAUGCAAAAUUGAUUAUUCGUAAUUUUUUUUUAAAUUUUUUGUAGAUAUAUUUUGUUAUGAGAAUUAAAAAUUAAUAAAAAAUAAAAUUACAAUAUUGGAGAAUUACUUUUUUUAUGUUUCAUUAAAAAAAAAUUAAGCUGCUUACAGGUUCAUAUUUAGCAUUUUGAACCGAAUUGUGGCUGCACGGUGGUCGAGUGGUUAGUGCGCAGGCCUCACAGCUAGGAGACCCGAGUUCAAGUCCACGCUCGGGCAUCUCUGUGUGGAGUUUGCAUGUUCUCCCCAUCCGGGUACUCCGGUUUCGUCCGCCAUUCCAAAAACAUGCUAGGUUAAUUGCCGAUUGAAACGGUGUACCGAGUGGUUAGUGCACAGGCCACACAGAUAGGAGACCCGAGUUCGAUUCCACCCUCGGGCAUCUCUGUGUGGAGUUUGCAUGUUCUCCCCAUCCGGGUACUCCGGUUUCCUCCCACAUUCCAAAAACAUGCUAGGUUAAUUAGCCACUCCAAAUUGUCCAUAGGUAUGAAUGUGAGUGUGAAUGGUUGUUUGUCUAUAUGUGCCCUGUGAUUGGCUGGCCACCAGUCCAGGGUGUACCCCGCCCGAAGACAGCUGUAAUAGGCUCCGGCACCCCUCGUGAGGAUAAGCGGUAGAAAAUGAAUGAAUGAAUGAACCGAACCGUGACCUUAAACCAAGGUAUGGAUCGAACUGUGAUUUAUGAACCGAACCGUGACCUUAAACCAAGGUAUGGAUGGAACUGUGAUUACGGCGUACCGUUACACCCCUUUUUUUAUGUGGCAAAUUUCCGUUGGAAAAUAACAUGCGGUUACCAAGGAGGCGUGGCUUCACCCACAAAUGGUCAGGGAAGAAUUAUUUAAAUGAACAUUAAAGGUGCCCUUUCCUUAAAAUAAAUGUGAUUACUUCGUGUUAGCCACUAAAACUAAAGUACUAAAAAAAUUUUUUUUUUUACUUACAUAUUUUUGUUAUGGUUUGUAUUCUUUUAUUUAAAUUAGCAAGCAGUUUUCUUUGAUGGAGACAAACAUGCAAGUACAUUCUUGUCGCGUAAAACUAUUUACGGGAAUAUAAUAAUAAUAAUAACAACAUAUUUCUUUGAAACCCAUUUCUUUUAUACAGGUCAAAUACCACGUUGUCACAAAUACAAUACAGGGCUAGUAUUUCUGAUACUGAUAUCGAUAACGUUUUACUUGAAAUUUUCCAAGCUCAUUGAAUGAUUUUGUGAUUUUUGCCUUUUUUUAUUGUGUCCAUCGGGAUUAGAACCAGAAUAAAACACAGAUCCCAGAUUUUAGGCAAACAAUUUAACAUGAUAUAAAUACAUUAU